AAUUAUCAGCAUAAAUUACAAGGAGAAAUUCUAAUUUCAUUGGAUACCUGCAUCUAAAACCCCAAACCUCCCUCAUUUCUUCUUUUCCCCAACCAACAACUCCACUCUUUUGUGUUCUUGUAAUUCUUUUGGCUAAAAUUUCAGCUUCCAGAAUUGAAAAAAAAUGAUCAAACAAGUUCUUCUUCUUGUUCUGCUCUUCUUGGCCUCUGGAUUGGCCCUCUCAGUCUCAGAGUCUGAGUCUGUUUCUCUUCUGCCUCACGCCGCUGAUUCCUUCAAUGUUAGCUAUAUCCAGAUGAAGAACGCUGGGACUUGCUCUUACUCGGUGGUUAUAACUACUAGCUGUUCGUCUCCUAGGUAUACAAGGGAUCAGAUCAGUAUUUCUUUUGGGGAUGCUUAUGGCAACCAGAUAUAUGCGCCAAGACUGGAUGAUCCAGCUUCAGGUACAUUCGAGAGCUGUUCUUCAGAUACAUUUCAGAUAACUGGUCCGUGUGCAUAUCAGAUAUGUUAUGUGUACCUAUAUAGAUCUGGAUUAGAUGGCUGGAAGCCUGAAAGUGUGAAAAUAAAUGGUUAUAACGGCAGGCCUGUUACUUUCUAUUACAACACAUAUAUCCCCAGAGAUACGUGGUAUGGAUUUAAUUUGUGCAACGGUGCUUCUUCUUCUUCUUCAUACCAGGUAUCUAUGCAGAAAUGGCUUAUAUUUAUGGUUCUAGGAUUUGUUCUUAGCUGUUGGUUGUAAGUUUAUGCAACUUUCAUGUUAUAUUUCAUAUACCUUGUAGCCAUGAAACUUAGCACCAUUUGCAGAAGUAGAGACACCGGAUGUGUAAAACCCUUGUCAAAAGUUAGUUUAUUACUUGGCUUGCUUUAUGUUUCAUCAGAGGGAGUAAAAUUGAAAUGAACUUUAAUUUGAAUGGAAGCUAUCAGAGUAAGAAUUGAUUUA